CCAAAAAAAAAAACAACACACUCUACUUCUCUCUCUUUCUGUGUGAAUUGUGUUCAUCAGCAGCUGAGUGAAAAUGGCGAAGGACGUUGAGGUUGCAGAGCAAGGGGAGUACUCGGCAAAAGACUACCAUGACCCUCCUCCGGCGCCUUUGAUCGACCCAGAGGAGCUGACCCAGUGGUCAUUUUACAGAGCUAUUAUAGCGGAGUUCAUUGCCACGCUUCUUUUCCUCUACAUCACAGUGUUGACUGUGAUUGGGUACAAGAGCCAGAGCGAGAACGAUGAAUGUGGUGGGGUUGGCAUUCUUGGCAUCGCUUGGGCCUUCGGCGGCAUGAUCUUCGUCCUUGUUUACUGCACCGCCGGUAUCUCUGGAGGACACAUCAACCCAGCGGUGACGUUCGGGCUGUUCCUGGCGCGCAAGGUGUCACUCAUCCGGGCCUUGUUGUACAUGAUAGCACAGUGCUUGGGUGCAAUCUGCGGUUGUGGGCUGGUGAAGGCCUUCCAGAAGUCUUACUACACCAGAUACGGAGGUGGGGCCAACGAGCUUGCAGCUGGGUACAACAAGGGCGUCGGAUUGGGGGCCGAGAUCAUCGGUACCUUCGUUCUUGUCUACACCGUCUUCUCAGCCACUGAUCCUAAGAGGAACGCAAGAGACUCCCAUGUUCCUGUUUUGGCACCACUCCCCAUCGGAUUUGCUGUGUUCAUGGUUCACUUGGCCACAAUCCCAGUCACUGGUACUGGCAUCAACCCAGCUAGAAGUUUUGGAGCUGCAGUGAUCUACAACAAAGAUAAGGCCUGGGAUGACCAAUGGAUUUUCUGGGUUGGACCAUUUAUUGGAGCUGCCAUUGCUGCCUUCUACCACCAGUUCAUCCUUAGAGCAGGAGCCAUAAAGGCUCUAGGAUCCUUCAGAAGCAAUGCUUAAGCUUUUCAAUGCAAGUCUGUCUGAGGGUCCCUCUAUGCAAUCAUCUAUCUUUAUCUGUUUCCCAUGGGUUGGAGGACUAAAUUAAUGGAAGUGUAGAUAAACAUGCCAAUGGGGGGCAGGGGUGUAUUUUGAAUUUUUUUUUUUUUUUUUUUUUCCUUCUUUUUUUUGGGGCUUUGCAUGUAUGUAUUUAUGUGGUCAUUGUUGUCCUUUUGCAUAUUUACUUCUUUCUAUGUGGUGUAUCAUCCAUGUUGUUUCCACAUAAAGCUAGUGAAAUGGUUUGUGCUCAUCA